AUGGCAAAAUCUCACCUCAGGGCCCUAGAGGCUUUCCUCAAGACCGAGUACCCUGAGCUGAAGCCCGCACCCCAAGGCGAGCUCAAGCCAGUCAUCAUCUACUGCGAGGGAUCCCGCUGCUUUGUGGACAAGGUCAAGAUUGCGCUUGACAUCCUGAGCUCCUUCGUCAAGCAGAAGCAGGUCGACCCCACCCAGCUCGUGAUGAUCACGCCCUACAAGGCCAACGUCGAAGUUAUCAACAAGAUGCGCCAGCAGCCCGGCUAUGAGAACCUUGGCUCCAUGCAACCAGCCGCAACCGUCGAAUCCUUUCAGGGCCGUGAGGGCGACAUCGCCAUCAUCAUCAUGGCGACCACGAAGGCCGUUGGACCUGGCUUCACGACGGACGAGCAGCGCCUGAAUGUCAUGCUCAGCCGGCAGAGAUCUGGGCUCCUGAUUGUUGGCGACAUUAACACCACAGGGGACCUCAAGGGCAAAGGCAAAGACAAGGGCAAGGGCAAGGGCAAGGGAGGAAAGGGCAAGGGCAAGGGUGACACUGCCCACAGGUUUCAGGUUAUAAGCGCCUCGGGUGAGAAGCAUUGGGUCAAGGCCCUAAUGCUUCAUAAUGUUCAUAGCAAGUUGUAUGAGGGCGGAAGAGUGAUCAACAUCCGGGUCGACAAGACCAAGGGAGAGCAGACACAAAAGUAG